AUGGCGAAACGAUCCGCCUCUGACAAUAGCAAGAGCGAUUCUUCAUCUCCGGGGCCGAAAAAGCCGCGUCGCAUGACAUCGACUCAACUCGACCGUAAGCGCGAACAGGAUCGAGCCGCACAGCGCCAAUCACGAGCCCGCACACGUAAUCACAUCGAUUACUUGGAGAGUCUGGUCAAGAGUCUUCGUGCGGACUCGGACGACCGUGUCGCGGACUUGUUGCAUCAGCUCGAGAAGAAGGAGACCGAGAUCCGGCGGCUCAGAGGCGUGCUGAAUACUAUCGGUAGGCAGCUGGCACUGGUAGAGAAAGAGACGCCUUCUAAGGACGAAGACGAGAAUAAAAUUCAAGCUGCAUUCAAGCCCGUUGUUGGGAGUGAGAAGCGUGAUGAUUGUCAACCCAUGGCGUCGACUUCGCCGAGCCCGCCUUCAGUGAUAAGUUCGCCCGCAGAGGAGAAUCCUGCCCAGGUAUUGGCCACUGACGAACUCGUCGAAUCGAUGGAGGACUUCCCGAUGCAGGUGAUGAAAUUUGUAGAAUCAGUGGACCCAGUGGAAUCAUUGUCAGUAGAAGACACAAACACCAAGGCUGCCACUACAACAGAUCCACCUCACCCUAGGUACCAAUCAAUCACCCAGCUUGCAACCUCGAUAGCUAGCAAUACAGCGCUCGAAGGCCGGUUAUGGUACCUGGCGGGCGCGAUUCUGAACCAGAUUCUUAGCAUUCCGACCUCGGCACCCAUCACAGUCGAUUUCGACGAGGAUAUCGCCAUUCGCGCUGUCUUUCAUGGUUGGACAUCCGUUAUCGAGCGUUACUCUCUCGACCGUGGCUGGCAGUGGUUAAAAGAGCUGGACGAGCGCGUCUAUUUCCGCCAGUCAGCAGCAGUACGACUUUUCAACCUCCGCAAUUGCCGCCUGAUCUUUCUUCGCCAGCUUUUCCCUGGUAAUGGCUGGGACACUCUUAUCCCGCCUUGUUACACCCCACAAUCUAUACUGAAGCGAGUCAGCCAUGAUCCACUUGUCGAGUACUUUCCUUGGCCUGGCUUACGGGAAAAGAUAUUACUGUCACCGCUAAAGUUUGCCACCAACCAAUUCAUGGAUGCGUUGAGAGCCCAUGUCACCUUCACAUGGAAUCGAGACAAUACAGACCUGUAUACUAAGGAGUCGUUGACGGGCCUAUAUCGCUACUCAGACCUGUCAAUCGCUCGGUUGAAGGAUAUGAGAUGCUAUACCAUGAGCCAAGAGUUCUUCCUGCACUUCCCGGAGCUGCGUGCCGAUAUACCCUGCGACGCAGUCUUGCCGCAAAGUCUUUUCCCGCCUGGUCUGCUCGAAUCGAAAAGCAAGGAUCGCGACGUCGGUUCGGAUUUGCAGGCCCGUUCCUCUUCCGGGAAGACUGAAUCGGACAAGCUCUACGCUCAACUUGUAGAAGGACUUGAAGCUACUCUUUCAGGUGAAACCAGCUACUUCGCGACGAGUGGAAUUGAAGGAUGA